CCUCAACUAGGUGCUGAACUUGAAAUCAAAUCGGUCAGUGUCACAUGUUGCACAAAUAAGAUAAAGCGUUAAAAGUCGCAAGAAUAAUUUGACACGCGUCACUCAUGGUCAGCAACAUGCCAAAAUAUCCGAGGCUAAAUAAACUUCCAUUACCACCCAGUUCUUCUGAGAAAUAUCAUUGCCAGAAAACAAUUUCUAGCUCCUAAAACUAAAUCUGAAGUUGUGCCACACUGUAAGCAGCAGUGAGCUGUUGUACGCAUUCGGGCGUGUGCGCCGGCACUCGGCGAAAGUCGGCCGCCGAAUUAAAAUGGAGUCUGUUUUACGAGCACACCGUUUUGUAGUCAUUCCUAGCACGCGCCAUCGGUGAGUUAUCCCGGAAAACCGUGAAAAUCCGGCGUUAUGUGAAGUAAAAGUGACGUGGAUGGGCCGUAAAAUAGAGUACGAAAUCCAGACGAAUUGAUUUUAGGAAGAAAAGAAUCCAGCAUGUCUUCAGCGGACGUGUUGAAACCAGCCGCGACAACGGCCGCCGCGGGCGCCACCUCGACGAAACACAGUGGCGGAGGUGGAGGGGGGCACAAAUCAGCCCUGAGGGCGGCCAACGCGGGUUCGAAACGCAAGAACAAGCAUGAUCGUAGCGGCAGGAAGAGGUCGAAGAGUUUCAGCGGGUGCGGAUUGUUGAUCAGUCACAAGCCGGUGUUACCUUCGAAGUUUUUGCUUGGAGGAAACAUCAAGGAUCCAUUGAAUCUGGGCAGUUUGCAAGACGAAGAAAUCAACAGAGCUAUGAACGCUGUGACGCCAAAAUCUUCUCCUGUCCCCACUCCACCUAGAAAGAAAGGACAGAUAGAGGUUAUAAUACCAAGGAACAUACAUGACCCUUUGAACCUCAUUGAUUGUGACGAUGAUGCGGAUUAUGAACAGCAGCUUUGUUCACCUGUUAAAAAGAAACGCAAUAAACGCAUGAAGAAACGUCGUACUAUAUCGGGUACGAUGGAGACGAGCGCAUGCGCGGAUUCAACGGCCGAGGCGAAAACGCCCGAAGCGUCAACGGAUUCCGCGAAAAUACCCGAUGUAGAACAGGCCACUUGUGGAGAGGAACAGCAAGAAGAAAAACAGGAGAAGCCCGAUACAGGUACUGCGGAUCAGGUACAAGCUCAGCAACCACAGCAACAGCAAAUUCAACCGAAGAAAGAGAGAGGAAAGAGGAAGUCGGAUGAGUAUGGGCCGAGUACCAGUGGCGCAGGUGGCGCCACGGGUACCAGCACGAACCCAAAUCCAGCGAAGAAAUUCAAGAACGCGAUGGACAAGAUCGUGAGUCCGGUGGUGCCGCAACCCGGCGCCUGGUUAAAGAGGGCGAAUUCGACGACAAAACGCCCUCCACACAGAGCGACAGACAACAAAAAGGACGAAACGGGACAGCUGCAGUUGCCAAAGUUCAAGGAGAAGGAUAAGCGAUACCAAUACGGCAACUAUGACAGGUACUACGGAUACCGUAAUCCAGGCAACGACCCAGAUCCCAGGCUUCGGGUACUAAUGCACAACCAGUACCUGUUCCAGAACAAGGACAUCCUUGACAUCGGCUGCAACAUAGGACACAUCACCUUGACAAUCGCCAGGGAUUUGAGGGCCAAAUCGGCUCUAGGCAUAGACAUAGAUCCAAAGCUCAUCCAAAUCGCAAAGAAGAACGUCAGGCAUUACGUGAAGAAAGAGGCUAUGAGCCCGUCUAGCAGUACCAGUACCGCUCCAAGCGGUAGUACGGCUGCUGGUGACGUCACUGCAAGUGACCACAAAACUGUGAAAGAAGUUUCCGCAACCGGUACUUCAACAUCUACAAGUGAUACUUCCGCUCAAAGCGGUAUCACGCGAAUAGGCGACGCUUCAAUCAAACAACCGCAAAUAGUCAAACAAUCUACGGAAGCAAUCACAAGCAAUGCGACCUCAAUCAGUACUUCAACGGCGAGCAAUACGUCGACAACCAAAAUACCUUCGAAAGGGACAAAACCGACUCCGAAGGGUGGCGGUACCAAAGGGUCCGCGAAAGGUACUCAAAAGAGUACCACCGACGGAGUUGGAAGUGGUGGUUGUGAGUUUUUCCCGAUUAGUAUGCCUAUAUUAUACGGCAAUGUUGACGUUCUAGGGUCGUACCAGAGGGACCGAGGUUGUACUGCUAACGCAUCGGCCACGGAACACAAGGGGAGUAAGGGAUUUCCUGAUAAUGUCACUUUCAAAGUGUGCAACUACGUCUUAGAAGACGAUUCCUUACUGGCCAAUGAACAGCCUCAGUUCGACGUGAUACUGUGCCUCAGCAUGACCAAAUGGAUUCAUCUGAAUUGGGGCGACGCGGGGAUCAAGCAGGCAUUCAGAAGGAUGUACGCUCAACUGAGGCCCGGAGGAAAGCUCAUCUUAGAGCCACAGGGUUGGGCUGGAUAUAAGAAGAGGAAAAAGCUUACGGAGACAAUCUUCAAGAACUACAACACAAUCGAAUUCUUCCCGGAAAAGUUCCGCGAGUACCUGCUAUCGCCGGCCGUUGGUUUCGCGAAGGGCGAGAUCCUGGGCAUGCCGCUUCAUCGAUCCAGAGGAUUCCGACGACCCAUCCAGGUGUUCACCAAAAGCACGAUGUUUCCCUCUGAAAGGAUCGAAGCGACGCCACUGGCGAGCGGGGGCUACGGCAGCUCGGACAGGCUGAAAACCACUGGGAAAUACGAGUCUCAGGGACAUGUGGAGUGCGUGGAACAUGUUUAUACGGAUCUCUUCGAUAACAGAUACUGCGUUUCCGCGGACGACAACGCAGAUCUGAACGACCAAAUAGCAGAAGAAUUGCGUGAAGAAUUGGAAAAACGACGAUUGAAGAACGCAGACGGCUCCAGCUGCGACAUGGACGAAGACUUCGAUAACUCCAUGCCCGCCACUGUCGAUGACAAAGACAAACUCGAAGACCGAUUGGCUGCUGAAAAGAAGGAAGACCCUGAAGAAUCGGCAAAGUCGGAUGUGCGGACGGCAACGCCGAACGAACAAAGUUUGGAAAGUGAGGUUAGGACUGUGGCGUCAGACGCAGGGGGAUCUCUUGUGAAGGAUAAUACUUGAAGCAAGAAUGAAAGGGGAUUGUACAUAUUUAUGCAUUGAUUUUUUUUUUUGAGUUUGUUACUGGCUUUUUGUAUAUAUGUACAUGCAUUAAAGUAUUAUUUUUUCUUUUUUAA